AUGUACGGUGAGCAGGGCAUUAAGUUGGUUCAACAUGCCAAGAGAACGCUGAAUCUUUCGCAUCUGCCCCCCUACCAGACCGAGACUGUUCGCGCCGUUACCCGGGAAGUCCGAGAUCUUGAUAAAGAUGUCACCGAACUCUUAGAGCCGUUCCAGGGCUCAUUCGAUCCUUCCGCUGACCAGGCCGUCGCGUGCACGCUCCUCGUCAACCAUCUGUCAAUGCGACGAAACAAACGAUGUUUGCUAGCAUAUCAUAGAACUAGAACCGACAAGCUGGAAGAACUAGUCUGGAAGGGUGCUGAUGUGGUUGACCUUUCCGGCCAGCAAGUUCGAGGGGACCCCAAUGCGAAGGACACGCCGACGAGCAGUCUCAGUCCACAAGAGGAGGACUAUGUGCGGCAGUACAGCGAUCUUUUGGCGGCUUACAAGGGACAAUGGACGGACAUUGAUCUCACGGGGAGCCUGGAACCUCCUCGUGAUCUCUUCAUCGAUGUCCGCGUUCUCAAAGAUGCUGGAGAGAUCCAAACUGAAUAUGGGGCGAUCACUUUGACGAAAAACAGCCAAUUCUAUGUUCGACAAGGAGACGUGGAAAGACUCAUUGCUCAAGGAUACUUGCAGAAACUGAGCUGA